AUGAGGGUGACAGCGUGCGUCACUGUUCCGGCGGCGCCGGCCAUAAACGCCAGCCGGUACCCAUCGUGGCUGAGGCUGCUGCGCGUGACAGCAUGGGUGCACCGCUUCGACCACAACAGCCGUGCCAAGACGGAUCGACGAUCGGGGCCACUGACUGUUCACGAGCUGCGUGACGCUGAACAUGUCUGGCUCUGCAACGCCCCGGCAGAACAGUUCGGACCCGAAAUCGCAGCUCUGCAACAAGGAAGACGACUACCAACCGGCAGCUAUCUCCACCAGCUAGCGCCCUUCAUGGACUCGAGCGGCCUGCUGAGAGUCGGAGGGCGACUGCGUCAUUCCCAGCUCGACUACGAAGCCAAGCAUCAGGUAAUACUACCUGCGAAGGGAGACGCCACACGGCUGCUCGUCACUGACCAUCACAAGAAGCUCGCACACACGGGUGCCGAACACGUCCUGACUCACAUCCGGCAGCAGUUCUGGGUCAUCUGUGGCCGGGCGGCCGUAAAGCGAUACACCCGCGCCUGUAUGGUGUGUCGCAAACGGUCAGCUCGGCCAAUGCCACCACUGAUAGGCGACCUGCCAGCCUUCCACGUGGGUGACCCGGCCCCAGCGUUCACUAGAGUGGGCGUGUACUUCUUCGGACCCUUGGCGGUGAAGAGACAGCGUAAAAGGGAGAAGAUAUAUGGCUGUCUGUUCGCCUGCCUGUCCACCCGAGCAGUCCACAUCGAGCUGGCUCACUCACUGGACGCCGGCUCAUUCAUCAUGGCGAUGAGACGCAUGAUGGCGAGACGCGGCAAGACCAAGCUGGUUUGCUCGGACAACGGGACAAAUCUCCGAGCCGGUGAGCGCGAGCUGCGCCAGUCGCUGCAGCAGUGGAACCAGGCCAAGAUCGCUGACACGCUGUCACAAGAAGGCGUGGAGUGGAAGUUUAACCCUCCGGCUGCGCCCCAUUUCGGCGGCGUGUUCGAGCGUCUGGUGCGCUCAGCUAAACGUGCCCUGUCGACCGUGCUGGGUGACAGGGUUGUGGAUGACGAGACGCUUCGGACGGCGGUCACCGAAGUCGGGGCGCUCCUCAACGGCCGACCGCUGACGCACGUCAGCACCGAUCCCGACCACUAUCAGCCAUAA